AUGUUUACUGAUAUCGAUGCGCUUAGUGAAAGAUUAAGAAAAGACAUUGAACAAUAUUCAUAUGAAUCAUUAUCAAUAAAUUCAAUAUCAUCAUCUGAUGUAAACUUUACUACUCAUGCUACUAAUCUAAAUCAACAAGAAGCAUUUUUCAUGUAUUCCAUAUUGAUUCGUGAUAUUUUAGUUGAUAUGAAACGGAAAAGGAAUUCUAUCCAAGAAAUGAUUACAUUUUUUCGUCAGCAAAAUGCUGGUCAAUUCACUACAAUCGAUGAAUUCGAAAAAAACUAUUCUCCGAAUAAAGCAAUUUGGUGGUAUACACGUGAUUGUUUCAUUUAUGAAGUUUUAAAUCAAGCAGUAAGAACACUUGACAUUGGUACACUGUACAAAAUGCAACCUUUUAUUAAAGAUCUUCAUCAUCAAAUAAAAUCAAGUUGUCUCUCAUCGACUAUCACGACUGUCUAUCGAGGACAAGCUAUGCGAAGCGAAGAAUUUUAUAAACAUAAAAAUAAUAUUGGUGGUCUUUUAUCAAUCAACAAUUUUUUAUCGACAAGUACUGAUAAAGAAGUUGGUUUAGCUUUUGCAUUUGCAAAUAUGAAUCGUCCAUGUUACGAAGCAAUUUUAUUUGAAAUCGAAAUCAAUCAAUCAGCACAUCAUAUUUCGGUUGCUAAUAUAGAAAAUUUUAGUUAUUUUCAAACUGAAAAUGAAGUUUUAUUUUCCAUGUGUUCGGUAUUUCGAAUUAAAUCGAUUAUAAAAAUGGACAAUGGUAUUUGGAAUUUUCAAGUAACAUUAACCGGAGAUGAAGACAAACAAUUAAAAGCGUUAACUUUGUGUAUGAAAGAAAUAAUUGAGGUGCCUGUUUCUGAGAGAAAUCUUCAUCCUGGACUUUGA